AUGAAGAUCUCCGCUACUCUCUUGACCUUCUGCCUGGGUAUGGGUAUGCACAUGGCUACUGCCGCUCCCAUCAACUCUACCGUUACAAACAUCACCGUUGGUGACACUCACUCCGCCAACCUCACCAACACCACCGCCGUCGACAUCGAACCUGUUAAGCGCGACGGCACCAACUGGGAAUGGUGGUGCGACGUGUGGUGGGAGCCUAUCUGUGGUGGAAAGCCCGGCCCACAUGCAUUGAACGCUCCCAUCGACCCUGACACUGGAGAAGUCCUCAACUCUACCGCCGUGAAGAUGUUCGCCGAGAUCGACGAUGUCACUCUUGUCAAACGCCACAGACCCCACUGGUGGAACAGUGACCCUUGCUGCACCACCUGGUUCUGUCGCAGGAAGGAAGAGUGUGACAUCCCUCUCUGGGAUACCGGCAGAUACAACCAGAGAUGUGCUUGGUGUUAUAACCCUAUUAAUGCUCCCCCUGAGAGCAUCUGA